CAAAGGAAGUGUACACAGUCUACUUCCGGAAAGCAAUGGCAUCUCUAGAUAGGGUAAAAGUGUUGGUUUUGGGGGAUUCUGGUGUAGGAAUGUCCUCUCUUGUACAUUUACUCUGCCAGAAUCAAGUUUUGGGGAAUCCAUCAUGGACUGUGGGCUGCUCAGUGGACGUCAGGGUGCAUGAUUACAGAGAGGGAACUCCAGAAGAAAAGACAUAUUACAUUGAACUCUGGGAUGUUGGAGGAUCUGUUGGGAGCGCAAGCAGUGUUAAAAGCACCAGAACUGUGUUUUACAAUUCUGUAAAUGGUAUUAUUUUAGUGCAUGAUUUGACCAAUAAGAAAUCCUCCCAGAAUCUGUAUCGCUGGUCACAGGAAGCCUUGAGCAAAGACUCUUCUCCUACUGGGAUAAUUGUAUCUAAUGGGGACAGAGAACAGUUUUCAGAAAAUUCUGUUCCUCUAUUGUUAAUCGGUACCAAAUAUGAUCAGAUCCCAGAAAACAAAAGGAAUGACGUCCUGGCUCGCACUGCCUUUUUGUCUGAGGACUUUAACGCUGAAGAGAUUAACAUGGAUUGCACAAAUCCACGAUAUCUUGCUGCUGGGACAUCAAAUGCAGUAAAAUUGAGCCGAUUCUUUGACAAGGUGAUAGAAAAGAGAUACUUUACAAGAGACCCUGGCCAGAUGCAGAGUUUCACAGACAGGAGGCGCUUUAAUUUCAAGAGUCUUCACAGUGAUUGAGUGUUUGGGUUUAGUAUCAAGUAUGUUGUUUGAUAAUCACUUUAUCCCAUAUUUUGUGAUAUUUGUGUCUGUCUUCAAUAAAGUCAUUUGAAAUCCACAAUUAGGAAACAAGAGGAUAGAAGGGGUUGGGGUGUUUUGCACAAUGAUUAUUAUUCAAUCAAAGUUACUUUCCUUCUGAUGUUUACUCUUUUUACUUAUUAUGUUGAGUAGAACCUUUUCUUUUUGGUUAAAGGUACCUGUAUAGUACAGUCAACACAAUGUGCAAGGCAAACUUAUUUUCUAAAUUAUGUAAAUUGUGUCUACUUGAUCUUAAAAAAAAUUGUUCACUAGUGAUCCGAAAGUGUAUACAGUAUGAAUGAACAAUAUAAUUUUACAUCAUGAUGACAGGUUUCAUUUUUGAUCUUUGUAAUUUACAAAAUAUUUCAAAAUACAAGUCUUUGCUAUAUUAGCAAAGUGUUAAAAAUGUGCAUGUGUGUAGAGCUAUGUACUUUAAACAUCUGCAAUAAACAAAUAUGCAUUUUAAUAAUGCCUAAUUGUCUUUCCCAUUUAAA